UGCGCCUGCGCCCAUCAAUCAUCAUCACUCUCCUACGUCCAUAGUUCUACAACACAAACAUUUCGUGUGGGGUCCGCCAACAAACGAGACGACCGACACUUUUCUACCCUUUAUUCUUGUUCCCUGCUCUUGAACCACAACCACUGACUAUCCAUCCAGUCGAACGUUAUUCUCGAGUUAUCGUAAUCUUAAGCACACUCAUCACUCUAGCUAUUCCGCCAACCAUUCUGCAACCAUGGCGGACGCAACCGAGCCCAAGCCAACUCCUUCCGCAACCCAGUCUGCGUCGUCCGAACCAAGACUGGCCGAACAUGAGACCAACCUAGUCAAGAACCCCUUGGGGGACCCUUCGACCGAAGCCCCUGCGACUGAUGCCAAAUCAACAUCUAUUACCGAGGCCGCAGCCAAUGCCGCCAACACUGCAGCAAAUACCGCCACCGCAGCUGCUUCCGGUGUCAAGGACUCCGUCUUCUCCAUGUUCGGAGGCGGUGCAAAGAAAGAGCGAAAGGCUGAGGAGGAAGAUGACGAUGCAAAGGACGAACCCAGUGGCAGUUCCAAGGUGAAGAAGGAGGAUGAUGAUGACAAAGCCGACGAGGAAGAGGUUGAGGUUGAAUUCGAGCCCGUCGUCCGCCUAACCGAAAAGGUCGAUACAAAGACGAACGAGGAAAUGGAAGAACAAGUAUUCAAGAUGCGAGCCAAGCUCUUCAAGUUCGACCGCGAGUCAAAGGAAUGGAAGGAACGCGGCACCGGGGAUGUUCGACUCCUCAAGCACAAGGAGAAUGGCAAGACAAGACUUGUCAUGAGACGUGAUAAAACCCUCAAGGUCUGCGCGAACCAUUACGUCACUCCUGAUAUGAAACUUUCUCCCAAUGUUGGCAGUGAUCGCAGCUGGGUGUGGAAUGUCGCUGCGGAUGUUAGUGAAGGCGAGCCUGAAGCUCAAACAUUGGCUAUCCGAUUUGGAAACAGCGAGAAUGCCAACCUCUUCAAGGAAGCCUUCAUCAAAGCUCAGCAGGAGAACGAGGCCUUGUUCAAGUCAUAGGUUCGCGUGAGCGGGCGUCAUCAAGCACCUGCCAGCAUUGGGCCUACCAGCAUUCGACUUUUCCCUUGACCAUGUGGAACAAAUCGUGGCAUCGGUGUCGUUGCACAUUGAUUGGCCUGCUUUCUAUGUCCUAACCCUGCCCAUAGUCUACCCCGUCCCCCUUCCUAGAUAGACAUGCAUCAAGCCUGUGCUCUCGGCACCAAAUCAAACACCCAUUGGCCCCAAGAACUGGUUUGCGCAAUGUGGAAGGCCUCCGGCUAUUGGCUCACCGGUACUCCCUGUAUCAUGAUGGGAAGAUCAGCGCUUGUUCGCUGUAAGUAUUUCACAUCGCCAACCAACAAUAAAUUUCUACUAGUAGGCAUACUCUUCUGAAUGGAAGACCUCUGGGGUAGGUUCUACUACAUGCUCUCUCUAAAAC